GAGAGCAAGCCCCUGCAGGCCAAACUCGAAGCUCAGUCUGCAGUCGCGUCUCAGAGCAGGUCCACCGUCACUGCCACUCGAGAGAACAACGCCAUCUCAGAAGAUGUGGAGGAGUUCAUGUGUAAGUCUCCGGCCAUCGCAGACAUCGUGAUCCUGGUGGACGGAUCCUGGAGCAUCGGUCGAAUAAACUUCCGACUCGUUCGGACUUUUCUGGAAAACCUUGUCAAAGCCUUCAGUGUGGACAUCGACAGAACCAGGAUUGGUCUGGCUCAGUACAGUGGAGACCCUCGUAUCGAAUGGCAUCUGAACACUCACUCCACCAAAGAGGCCGUGAUCGACGCUGUGAAGAACCUGCCGUACAAGGGAGGGAACACACUCACAGGUCUGGCCCUGACCUUCAUCCUGGAGAACAGUUUCAAACCUGAGUCUGGAUCUCGUCCUGGUGUUCCUAAAAUCGGGAUCCUGAUCACAGAUGGAAAGUCUCAGGACGACGUCAUCCCUCCAGCCCAGAGCCUGAAGGACGCCGGCAUCGAGCUCUUCGCCAUCGGUGUGAAGAACGCAGACGAGGCGGAGCUGAAGGCAUUCGCGUCGCCCCCUCUGGACACUCAUGUUUAUAACGUGGCCGACUUCAGCAUCAUGAGCGACAUCGUGGAGGGUCUGACCAGGACUGUGUGUGAGAGAGUGGAACAUCUCGACAAGGAGCUCAAAGGUGGAGGUGAACCGGCCCCACCUCCUGCCGUUGUGUCUCCGCCUCGUGACCUCGUGACCUCUGACAUCACGGCGAGGAGCUUCAGAGUUUCGUGGACGCACGCUCCUGGAGAGGUGGAAAAAUACCGUGUAGUGUUUUAUCCGGCCAGCGGGGGGCAGCCUGAGGAGAAGGUGGUCCCUGGUUCUCAGAACAGUGUGGACUUGGACUAUCUGAACUCUCUCACUGAGUACCAGGUGGCUGUGUUUGCUGUGUACCGGAGCUCAGCCAGUGUGGCUCUGAGAGGCAGCGCCACCACAUUGGCUCUCCCAAUGGUAAACGAGCUGGAGCUGUUUGACAUCACCCACAGCACCAUGAUGGUCAAAUGGAGGACGGCAGCCGGGGCAUCUGGGUAUAUGAUCCUGUACGCCCCGCUGACAGAGGAAGACGCAGCUGACGAGAAAGAGGUGAAGGUGGAUGCGUCGGUGAACGAGGUGGAGCUGGAGGGUCUGACUCCAUCCACAGAGUACACAGUGACCGUGUACGCCCUGUACGGAGAAGAGGCCAGUGACCCUAUGACCAGCCAGCAGACCACAUUGCCUCUGUUACCCGCCAUGGACCUGCGCUUCUCCGACAUCGACCACAGCUCGGCCAAACUCACCUGGGACUCACCCUCCAAGAAGGUCAAAAGUUACCGCAUCAUGUACGUGAAGACCAGCGGCACACAGAUCAACGAGGUGGACGCUGGGCGUGUGACCACUUACCUGCUGAAGAACCUGACCUCUCUGACGGAGUACACUGUGGGAGUGUCAGCCAUUUACGAUGAAGGACAGGCAGAGGCCACAACAGACAGCUUCACCACAAAGACCGUCCCUGACCCUCUGGACUUCAGCAGCUCAGAUGUUUCCACAGACAGUUUCAGGGUGAACUGGAGACACCCAGCUUCAGACGUGCUUCUGUACAGAGUGACCUGGACGUCCACUGAUGGAGGAGACAGCGACGAUGUUAUGGUGAAUGGGAACACAAACACGUAUCUGAUCAAAGGCCUGACCGCAGCCACAGAGUACGAGGUGCUUCUGUCCGCCAUCUACAAGAACGAGGUGGAGAGUGACGAGGUCAUCCUGGUGGAGACCACAGCAAAAAGAACAACCACCAUCGCCACGACGACCACCUCCACUACAGCUCCUCGUUUGGGGAUCAGAACCCUGCGCAUCGACGACGAGACCACCUACAGUCUGCGGGUGUCAUGGCAACCGGUGGACUCCAGAAACAUACGCCACUACAGGCUCAGCUACAUCAGCGCUAAAGGAGACCGCGCAGAGGAGAUGCGUACAAUCCCUGCGUCUCAGAGCAGUCUGGUCCUGCAGCCUCUCCUCUCAGACACUGAGUACAAAGUGGCUCUGACUCCUGUUUACUCAGAGGGAGAUGGACCCACGUCCGCCCGCUCCGCCCGCACACUGCCUCUGUCUGCUCCUAAAAACCUGCGCGUGUCUGAGGAGUGGUACAACCGCUUCAGGAUCAGCUGGGACGUCCCACCCUCUCCCACCAUGGGCUACCGCAUCGUCUACCAGCCUGUGUCCGUCCCUGGUCCAGCCCUGGAGACCUUCGUUGGGGAGGAUGUGAACACCAUGCUGAUCCUGAACCUGCUCAGUGGAGUUGAAUACAGCGUCAAAGUGAUCGCCUCCUAUACGACAGGGUCCGAUGAGGCUCUGACUGGAAGGGCCAAAACACUGUACCUGGGAGUGAACAACCUCAGAGUUUAUACGACCAAAGUCAACAGUCUGUGUGUCCAAUGGCAACCGCACCGCCACGCCACCGCCUACAGGGUCAACAUAGAGGCUCUGUCCAAUGGACAGAAGCAGGAGGUGAAGCUGGGCGGAGGCACCGGGCGUCACUGCUUCACAAACCUCAAACCCAACGCCCAGUACAAAGUGAGUGUGUACGCUCAGCUGCAAGACGGGACGGAGGGCCCCGCCGUGACCGUCACCGACAAGACACUUCCUGUUCCAACUCCGCCUCCAACCAAACCACCCACAACAACUCCAUUACCCACAAUCCCCGCUGCCAAAGAGGUGUGUAAAGCAGCUAAAGCAGACCUGGUUUUCCUGGUGGAUGGAUCCUGGAGCAUUGGAGACGAGAACUUCUUGAAGAUCAUCGGUUUCCUCUACAGCACCACCGGAGCUCUGGACCAGAUCGGACCGGACGGGACCCAGGUGGCCAUCGCUCAGUUCAGUGAUGACGCUCGGACUGAGUUUAAACUGAACUCGUACAGCGACAAAGAGAAGCUGCUGGACGCCAUUAACCGCAUCUCCUACAAGGGCGGCAACACCAAGACCGGCCGGGCGAUUAAGCACGUGAGGGAGCAGAUCUUCACCUCUGAGGGGGGCAUGAGGAGAGGGGUCCCCAGGGUCCUGGUGGUUCUGACAGAUGGACGCUCUCAGGAUGAUGUCAACAAGGUCUCCAAGGAGCUGCAGAUGGAAGGCUACAUCGUGUUUGCGAUUGGAUUUGCCGACGCAGAUUACGGUGAGUUGGUGAGCAUCGCCAGCAAACCCAGCGACCGCCACGUGUUUUUCGUGGACGAUCUCGACGCCUUCAAGAAGAUCGAGGAGAAGCUGGUGACGUUUGUGUGCGAAGCUGCUACAGCCACUUGUCCUGCUGUCCCAAUGAGCGGCAGCACCACACCAGGCUUCCGGAUGAUGGACCUGUUUGGCCUGGUGGAGGACAAAUACAGCACCCUCUCUGGUGUCUCCCUGGUCCCUGGAACCUUCAACACGUUCCCCUGUUUCAGACUGCACAGCGACGCCCUGCUCGCACAACCCACCAAGUUCCUCCACCCUGAAGGCCUGCCCUCGGACUACACCAUCUCACUCCUCUUCAGGCUGCUCCCGGACACGCCCCCUGAGCCUUUCGCCAUUUGGGAAAUUCUGGACAAAUCCAACGAGCCGGUGGUGGGAGUCAUCCUGGACAAUGGAGGCAAAACUCUGACAUUUUUUAACAAUGAUUACAAAGGCGACUUUCAGACCGUCACCUUCGAAGGACCAGAGAUCAAGAAACUCUUCUAUGGGAGCUUCCAUAAGCUGCACAUCGCCAUCAGCAAAACCAGCGCUCGGGUCGUGAUCGACUGCAAAUCUGUCACGGAGAAAAGCAUCAACGCCGCAGGAAACAUCAGCACAGACGGAGUGGAGGUCCUGGGGAGGAGGGUGCGCUCCAGGGACAACAGGGACACCUCUGCUACGUUUGAGCUGCAGAGUUUUGACAUCGUGUGCAGCACGUCCUGGGCCAACAGAGACAAGUGCUGUGAGCUGCCAGGCCUGAGGAAGGAGGUGGACUGUCCAGCCAUGCCCAAAGCCUGCACCUGCACCCAGGACAGCAAAGGCCCCCCAGGACCCCCGGGACCUCCAGGAGGUCCUGGCAUCAGAGGAGCCCGAGGAGACAGAGGAGAGCCCGGCCCAGUGGGUCCCAUGGGUCCAGUGGGAGAGACCGGAGUGGCCGGACCUCAGGGUCCUCAGGGGCCUCAGGGGCCCAGCGGACGCUCCAUCAUCGGGGCCCCGGGAGGCCCAGGAGAACGAGGGCAGAAGGGAGACCCCGGACAGCCCGGACCACAGGGAAUCCCAGGCCGAGCGGGAUCUCCAGGACCAACUGGAGCAACCGGACAAAGAGGGCUUCCUGGAAAAGAUGGGCCUCCAGGAAGACAGGGACCUCCAGGAACCAUCGGGACUCCCGGAGCUCCAGGGGCCCCAGGAACCUCAGGCCCCUCAGGCAAACAGGGAGAGCUGGGUCCCCCGGGUGUUCCAGGAAGCAAAGGAGAGAAGGGAGAGCGGGGGGACCUCCAGUCCACCUCCUCAGUUCAGGAGAUCGCCCGCCAGGUCUGUGAGCAGCUCAUCCAGAGUCACAUGUCGCGGUUUAACUCCCUCCUGAACCAGCCUCCCAGUCCUCCAGUCUCCAUCAGGACAGUCCCAGGACCUCCUGGUGAACCCGGCCGACAGGGACAGGCAGGACCGCCCGGGGAGCAGGGACUACCGGGCCGACCGGGCUUCCCAGGGACCAGUGGCACCAACGGGCUUCCUGGAGAGAGGGGUCAGCCCGGGGAGAAGGGAGACAAAGGAUCUCCAGGAAUCGGAGUGCAGGGCCCCCGCGGCCCCCCAGGGCCCCCAGGCGCUCAGGGCCAGGGCCGGCCAGGCUCUCAGGGGCCCUCAGGUCGCCCCGGUAACCCAGGGACCCCCGGGAGGCCUGGGGUCCCUGGGCCUGUGGGACCUGCUGGGCCUCCAGGAUACUGCGAUCAGAACUCCUGCGUGGGAUACAACGUUGGAGAGGAAGAGGACGUGAUUCAAACUCUCGGCCGUAAUGUUCCCUCAGUCCAACUGCCGUCCAACGUGUUUCAAAACUACGGAGAGGAGGCCGUAGAAGAGGACGACCCGUACAGAUACUACCAGCCCAACUACCCUGUGCCCCAGCCCCUCGACCCCCAGGACCCCCUGCUCCUGGAGGGGGGCCGGCAGAGGAGGAGCCCCCCGGAACAGAGGCUAAAGAGGGACCCUGGAGUGUACUGAGGACGGGCUGGAGCAGAGGAGCGAGAGAGGAGAGGAGGGAUGCACCGAUCCGAUCCUGGUGUCGGAUAUCCACACUGGCACCAGAAAACUUGCUGGAUCGGAUAUCAUAUCGACUUCCAAAUAUCGAUUCAGCCGAUAUGAUGGUGGGACAUAAAAAUUUAUGAAAUGGGGUUUAUUUCCUGGUCAUAGAAAAUCCCAUCAUAUUUGAACUUCAUUUAUACAAAGUUCUGUUGUUCAUUGAGAGAUAAAUGACAGAUCCAUAACACAUUUGAAUCAGUUUUGUCUUAUUUUAUUUUUGUUUAAAGGAAAUAAAUGCUGUUUUCGGUCUCUGCUCUGGUAUCGGUUAAUAUCGGGGAUGGGAAUCGGUACUGGAUCUAAAAAAGCUGGAUCGGUGCAUCCCUAGGAGAGAGAGAGGAGAUUAACGGUGGAUCUGUGCAAAAAUACAUGAUUCCAAAUUAGAUUUAUCUCAUUAUUGAAAAAUCAGAUACUCAAAUUGAAACUAGACAUGUCAAGAAAGAAACUUCUACCAUUUAAUGUGGAAAAUCACAUUCUUUUGUCUAAAGAAAGAGUGUUUUUAUUUUCAUUGUGGGAUCAGAAUCAGUAUUGAGUAUCUAGUCGAUUUCUAUGACUGUCGGAGUCGAGUCUGGACUUUGAGUAUCGUGACGACACUUUUCCAAAUACAGUGAAUACUUUGAAUCUCUGUAUCACAGUUUAUUGUGAAUCGUGUAUUUUCCACCGAUCCACCUCUGUGCGUUACGCUGCAUUACGACUGGACGGCUCACGUGUCAAUCAAAGUGCCCCAGUAUUGAUACUUUGCAAUGACAUCUCGCUCAGGGUGUUCUACAUGUAUCUCUGUGGUGGAAUGUUCAGCAGUUAUUCUGGAGACACAACGCAAACACAGUCAGAAAGAUUUUAGAAUGAGAAAAAAUACAAAAUGGAUUCAAGCAUUCAAAACAUUUUGAACAUUGAUCAAUACGAGCGUUCAUAAUCUGUGUAGCAUUCGUUCAUUUGUUUUUCAAAAUGAAACCAAAAAUAAGAAAAUGAGAUGUUGGACUUUUGCGCCGCAUAUGGACUCAACCAGGACUGAACCAGGACUAAACCAGGACUAUAUCAGGUCUAUUUCAGAUCUAAACCAGGACUAUAUCAGGUCUAUCUCAGGUCUAAACCAGGUCUAAACCAGGACUAAACCUGGUCUAAUCUUGGAUUUGAGAGACAGAGCGAGAGAGAACCCCGAGCCCUUGGAGCAGGGUGUCCGCAAAGCGCGAUCGGGCCUCGGCUGCGCUCAGCCCCGUGGGGCGUGGAGCUCUGUGCCAGUUCUUUUGUCUGCAGUCACUCGAUGGUCUACACGGGCACACCUGUGGGUCUGUCCUGAUACUCAGACCUGGUUUAGUCCUGUUUUAGUCCUAGUUCAGUCCUGGUUUAGUCCUAGUUCAGUCCUGGUUUAGUCCUCCUGGGAUCAGUCCUGGUUUAGUCCUGGUUCAGUCCUACUUUAGUCCAUAUGCGGCACAAA